AUGAGCACCGCCGAAGCAGACCUCAGCAGCUGGCUAAAGUUUCCGCACAAUCAAUGGGCAUUCGCAAACAUCGACAAAGUUCUGCCUACCGCAACAAUCUCCAAGUCGAGCAAACCGGGCAACUUCCCACAAGCUCCCAACGAGUUCAGUGAAUUUGAAAUAGAGUCCAAUGGCAUCAAACACAACCUCAGUUCUUACCUCUCCCAAUCACAAACUGAUGGGCUUAUCAUCCUCCAACAUGGCAAAGUCCUUCUCGAGAACUACUUCAAUGGUAACACCAAAGAUUCAAAACAUAUUGUCAUGUCCAUCACCAAAUCCGUGACGGGCCUCCUUGUUGGCAUUCUGCAAGCCCGAGGGAAGCUUUCCGUGGAUGAUCUCGUUUCCAAAUAUGUUCCCGAGAUAUCGGGGACGGUCUGGAGGGACAAAACUAUCCAGCAGUGUAUCGAUAUGCGUUCCGGCGUGGCCUAUGUUGAUGGCACGCAUGAGUAUCGCGCCGCGGCGGGAUGGCAUCCUCUGAACGGGUCUGAGCAGCACACGGAUUUGAAGACUUUCUUGUCGAACUUUGUUCCGCAGGAGGUUAUUGAUGAUCGGUUCGAGUAUGUUUCUGCCAACACGGAUCUUAUAGGAUGGGUCUUGGAGCGAGCGAGUGGAAAGUCCUUUGCGGAGCUUAUGCAAGAACUCUUGUGGCAGCCUAUGGGAGCCGAGAAUGAUGCUGUAGUGGCGCUGGAUCCGAAAGCUUUCGCUCGUGCGGCCGGCGGGUUGUGUCCCACUUUACGGGAUCUUGCACGUCUUGUGAAGCUCUUUGUUGAUGACGGCAAGAACACCGAGGGCGAUGUUGUGGUCCCUGUGGAAUGGAUUCAAGAUAUCAUGCAUGGUGGUUCGAAAGAAGCGUGGCAGCGAGGAAAGUUCGCUGCGAUGUUUGGCAAUACCUUUGACAUGGUAUAUCGAUCGUUCUGCUAUGUUGAUAAGGCAAGUGACAUUGUUAUGGGCUUUGGUGUAUAUGGUCAGGUGUUUUUUGCCGACAAGAAACAGGGACUGGUAUUUGUGACGACCUCAAGCCAGGAUAGCCCCGUCGAUGUCGACAAGAUCAGGAUGACUUUGGCAGCCUUCAAAGAGUUCAAAAGAGUUUUGAUGCAAACUUGA